CUUUAAAAACUCGGCAACUGGAAAAACAAAAUAAAUCAGAGGCAUGGAGGAAGAAUUCAAGAACUUAAUCAAAGUAUGGGUUUCAGCAAUAAGCUCAGUAGCUUACUGCUACUUCUUAUCAACUAGAAUCAAAGCUGGCGUUUUCCGUCUAAUCUCUGUUCUUCCCGUUUGUGCUAUGUUCUUUGUUCUUCCUCUAUUUAUCUCAUCUUCAACUUUCUGCUUGUACACAGCUUUUUUUCUCUCCGUUGCAAAUUUCAAACUCAUUCUCUUCUCCUUCGAUCAAGGCCCUCUUUUCCCACUUCCCCCAAAUCUCGCCCAAUUCAUUGCCUUCACUUGCUUACCCAUCAAACAUCAACAAAACCCUAAAACCCUAACUCAUUUCCCCAAAUGGUUUUUUAUCAUUAAAGUGGUAAUCUACAUUGUGGUGUUACAUAUUUAUCAUCAUUACAAACAAUGUCUCCCUUUGAUUCUACUACUAGGUUUCUAUCCUCUCAAUUUAUACUUAGAGCAUGAGAUGAUAUUAACCUCCCUCAAAUAUAUAGUCACCGUCACUCUUGGUUUGGACCUCCAACCACAGUUCAACGAGCCGUACUUAGCCACUUCUCUUCAAGACUUUUGGGGUCGCCGAUGGAAUCUUAUGAUCUCAGAUCUCCUCCGGUCAAGCGUUUAUAGUCCGGUGAGGAAAAUAUGCCAAUACUUUGUAACUUCCGAAUGGGCUACGAUCAUGGGAGUUUUGGCGACGUUCAUAGCCUCUGGUGUAUCGCAUGAGGUACUCUACGUCUACUUAACCCGGGAGACUCCUACGGGAGAGGUCACAUGGUUCUUUGUCUUACACGGAGUUUGCACGGUGGUUGAAGUGUUGGUUAAAAAGAAGACUUUUGUGGGGCGGUGGUCGGUGAGACCGAUUGUGUCCCGGUUGCUAACGGUUGGGUUUGUGUGUCUGACCUCUGGUUGGCUGUUUUUCCCUCAGCUUAUACGGAGCAACGUAAUUGAAAAUUUCGUUUAUGAAGCCUUGUUGUGUCUUGAUUUCUUUAAGCUCAAGUUUUAGUUAUUUUGAUUAUAUAUUUAUCAAAAACUUAGAAUAACCGUUCACAAAAAUUUCAUUAGUAUAGUAUUGAAAAAAUAAGAAAACCUUUUGGAGGGAAAUUGUAUAAGGGAUGGAUAAGUAUUCAAUGAGCAACAAAAUAAUAGCAAUUGUAAAACUUCGAUUCAACCCUGUUUGUCCCUAUCACAUGGUAGAUUCUUCAACAACCACCGUAUAAAACCAAACAACGUAACUAAUUUUGGGUGAAAUUUUGGUUGACAAAACACUAGAAUAGUACUACCAUCGUUAGUCUGACAAAUGCAGGCUUUUUUUUUUGUGUUUCAAAAAAAAAACAAAGUAAUUGUUAACCCUAUGUAUUCUGUUUUUUUUAAUCAUAUAUGAUAUAUAACAUGAUUUUAAAAACAACUAAACUUUAGACAACAAAAAGUCAAAACUUACUGCAUUGAUUCUGUUAUUCAAAAAAAAAAACCCGUAGUAAUAACAACUAAAUAUGAACCGCAUGGAGGAAACUUCGUCCAUGGUCAUCACCGAGAUAAUUAAUUCCGAAGAUGGUGUCUUAUAUUAAUCCACAUAUCUCUGUUGACUACUCGCAAAAAUGUGAACCACAAAGAAGAAUGACAACUAGAGGUGAAAAUUAAAAUCAAUUAAACCGAUCUAAAAAUAUUCAAAAAAUAGAAUAGAAAACACAAUUAAG